CAUCAUGGAGCAAGGGUUUCCCACUCUCCCACUGUCAAUAGCAUCCCACAUUUUCAUUAAGAUGGAGACCAAUCUGUGUCCAUAACCCUUUGCAGCCUCUCCCUGCUGUGUGUCUGCUCCCUUGGUAGCUGUGCUGUAGGUGGGAGGAUAUUCUUUUGCAAUUCUGGCAUAUGGUGCAGGAGGGGUUUGACACAGCUCCUGAUGCUUCUUGUCUCAGUGAUAAUCUCCUUUACUUGGCUGGCCCCAAGUUGAGAGGAGUGUGUGAGGAGGCAGUUAGGGAUUUAGGGAAGAUAAAUCCUUCACUUUUCUGUAGCUUAUUUGGGGGAGGAAGUGGUGGAACCUCUACCCUCUCUCCCCCUCGAUAAGAGCAGUGCUUUUGUACCUCAGCUGGGACCAGGCAUUGGGUUGUGCUUGCUUUCCAGUGUUUGUCCUUCUUGACUGAUCCUUGUUCUGGCCUUCCUCUCUUCAGAAAAAGGGCUCCUAAUCCUCUCUGGAUGCCCGGGUCUUGCACUGUGCUAUGAAUUUCCUCGUAUAUCUAGUCAUUGCUCUAGACUUGCAUUGUCUGCCUUCAAUACUCUUGUCACCUUCAGUGCACUGCCUUCUGUACUGGGGCUUGCCAGAAAUCUUACAGCAUUGCAACUGUGCUGGAGCAGCUGCACGGUUCUACCUGUCGCUUGUGGUGCUCUGCUCUGCCAUUCAGAUACUGGUCUGAGCCCAAAGACCCAGAUGUUGUACUCUUAGCUGACAGCUCAGUGCAAUUGUUCAUAGUUUAGCCUAUACAUGGUGACCCACAUUUGCCAUGAGCUGUACCUGUAGACUUCUCAAAGUCUUUGUGCUCAGGAUCCCACCAAAUUCCUCUCUUUGAAUGAUGUUCCACAAAUGCCUGGUGACAGGCCUGAAAGCCAGUGGUGCAUCUACCCAGCACGGCUUGCAGUACGUCCACCAGUAUCUCAAAGAGCUUCUGGUCUGCUUUAAAAGUGUCUGAUAAAACUUUCUGUCUGCCUGGAAUUUGUAGAACAUCACGUGUUUUAUAUGUCAUAUCUAAGGACUGGUCUCUUUUUGAGAAGCUGUAAAUCACUAAUCCUGUAAAAUACAUUGAGGCAGUAAAGGCAAAGAGGAGUAAAAAAACCCAACUUGUUAGUCUGCACGUUCUGCAUGUCUCCAGAUUACAUUAGUGGUAUUUUUGCCUGAGGGACUCUGCAGGAGUGGCCUUCCUGAAGCAUAGCACAAGAAAUUUAGACAAAUUCAACAUUUAUGUGGAAAACAAAGCAGCACCUUCCCCUUUUGAACACUACCUUUGUAAAGUAGCCUAGAACAGCACAGACCUUAGCACUUCAUCAGACCUCUGCCAACACGGAAGUUUAAAAUCCAAAAGCAAGAUGUUUGGAUAGGAUGGAGACUGUUCUUGGAACCAAACCCUUGCUGUAGUGUUAGAGGCACAGAAGUUUGGGAAACAUAACAACUUGCAGGAUGUCAUUUGGGUUCUACAGUUGUUUCUGGAGAGCUUUGCCUGGAAUUAGGGAAUAGCAAUGCCACGGUGCAAUAACAUAAUUGAGAAUGGUGGAAAUGAAGAUAGAGCAUGAAUGUGUUUCUUCAGACUAGUGCUAUGCCAACACAACACUGCUGCAAGGACACAGACAGCAACCAAAAUGCACUGAGACCAACCCACUUCUGGUUCUGGGACUAGUUUGUUCCUUGGGAUCUCCAGGCAGUGCUGCAUGCUAUGGUAUGAACAUGCCCUCGAGCUCUCUAGCAAUCAGGCGUGUGCGGCAGCGGUUAGUUUUUAGAGAAGAGCUGGGAGGACAGGCUUGAUAAGGUGUAAUUCUUCAAGCGGUACCAUUGCAGAACUUCUGAAAGAAGUUGAGUGGAUCUCACUGAUAACCCAGCAUCUGCAUUGCAGGAGAAUGCAACAUGGACCCAGAUAUAUUGGAAGCUUUGAUGUCCAAGUUCAAGUAAAUGGACGGUUACUGACCGCAUCUCUUCGUGAUUUGGUGGUGGGGGUGUCAGGCAAAAAACCACAUUUCUGGUUACAAGAAAGCUUUGUGCAGAAGUAGUAAUGUGCUCCUCCAAAUGUAUCUGAUGGGUAGUACUGGGAUUUGUGUUGGUGCUCGUUAGGGAAACUCCGAAGUGGGAUGCUGGAUUUAAGGAGGCUCGCCAGUAGGGUGGAGUUAGAGAGAUUGGGCUGUGGAAGUCUUGGAUGAGGUAGUGUGUUACAGAGGAUUCCCUAAGAGUAUGGAGCAAACCUGUGAAUAAUUAAAGGAUGUGAUUGACUGACUUACUAGAUUUGCAAUUUGGAAUGGAGAUUUUCCUCCUGCAAGCUUCUUGCACACUCUCUGACUGGAAUGCUAUUUCUUAAAUAUUUUGCAUGACUGAAAUCUCAGUAGUACUGCUCGUGCACUCCUCGCCUCUUCUUCAGCAGCUCUGAUAUUUCGCUGACAUCAACUGCACACACACGACUCACCUUCCCAGUAUGUAUAUCCUGACUUUUCUGUCUGGUUUUCCUUCUUCAUGGGGCCGUACUGUAUUUAUAUUUUAAGUGUCCUUGUAUACUUAUUUGACUAUUUUCUGUUUUAGUGCUGUCAUUAUUUUAUUUUUACAUUCAGUUGUACAUUAAUUUUAUACAAUGUUUUGGAGAUGAAAGUCCUUAACAUUUUUGUUUUUAUGUACUAUGCUUUCAGUGUUAUAACCAUACAAUUGUGGCUUCUCAUGGUGACAUAUGACUGCUAUGAAUGUUGGGCCUUUGCAAUGCAUUUUGGAGGUCACUACUACACAUUUGAUGUUUAGGAGGUUGACAGGUAUGGCUGUAGUGCCCCCAAGAUGAAAUGUCCGAAUCCGGGCAGUCCUCAGCAGCCGCCACACCAAGCACCACUGGAACCAAGUCCAACACUCCCACGUCAUCUGUGCCCUCUGCUGCCGUCACACCCUUGAACGAGAGCAUCCAGCCCAUCAGCGAAUACAAUGGCACGACCAAGAACAAUAAGAAGGCACGAGAAAAGCGGAACAGCCGGAACAUGGAAGUCCAAGUCACGCAGGAGAUGAGGAAUGUCAGCAUAGGAAUGGGCAGCAGUGAUGAGUGGUCCGAUGUUCAGGACAUCAUAGACUCUACUCCAGAGCUGGAUAUGUGUCAAGACCCCCGCCUGGAACGCACUGGUAACAGCCCAACACAGGGAAUUGUGAAUAAAGCGUUCGGCAUCAACACAGACUCUCUGUAUCAUGAACUUUCCACAGCAGGGUCUGAAGUUAUCGGAGAUGUUGAUGAAGGAGCAGAUCUGCUAGGGGAGUUCUCAGUACGGGAUGAUUUCUUUGGAAUGGGCAAAGAAGUGGGGAAUCUGCUGUUGGAGAACUCGCAGCUGCUGGAGACCAAAAAUGCUUUGAACGUUGUGAAGAAUGAUUUGAUUGCCAAGGUGGACCAGCUGUCUGGAGAGCAAGAAGUGUUGAAGGGAGAGCUUGAAGCAACAAAGCAGGCCAAAGCCAAAAUGGAAACCAGAGUCAAGGAGCUGGAGGAGGAGCUGAAAAGAGUGAAAUCUGAAGCGAUUGUUGCCCGACGAGAACCCAAAGAGGAGGUGGAGGAUGUAAGCAGCUAUCUCUGUACAGAAUUGCAGUGCUCCUCCCCCCUGCAGGACAACAUUCCCAUAGCUCAACGCCGUCGCUUCACUCGUGUGGAAAUGGCUCGGGUUCUGAUGGAGCGCAAUCAGUACAAAGAGAGGUUGAUGGAGCUCCAGGAGGCUGUCAGGUGGACAGAGAUGAUCAGAGCUUCCCGUGAGCAUCCAUCUGUCCAGGAGAAGAAGAAAUCCACCAUUUGGCAAUUCUUCAGCCGUCUGUUCAGUUCUUCCUCGAGUCCCCCACCAGCAAAGAGGACCUACCCAUCUGUGAACAUCCACUACAAGUCUCCGACAACAGCAGGGUUCAGCCAGCGUCGCAGUCACACCAUGUGCCAGAUCUCCUCCGGCAGCCGCACCCUAGAGUUCUUCCCUGAAGAUGACUGUACGUCCUCAGCACGUCGUGAACAGAAACGGGAGCAGUACCGCCAGGUCCGGGAGCAUGUGCGAAACGAUGACGGGCGAUUGCAGGCCUGCGGCUGGAGCCUCCCUGCCAAGUACAAGCAGCUGAGUCCCAAUGGUGGUCAGGAAGAUACUCGCAUGAAGAACGUCCCCGUGCCUGUAUAUUGUCGCCCACUAGUAGAGAAGGACCCCACCAUGAAGCUGUGGUGUGCAGCUGGAGUCAAUCUCAUGGGAUGGAGACCUUUGGAGCAGGAGUCUGGGAAUGGACAGAAACUAGAUCCUGGACGUGAUCCCCUCACCUGCGAUAGGGAAGUGGAAGGCGAGAACAACAAAAGUAACCAUACAUCUCCUGAAAAGAAAAAGGUGAAGGAGCUCCAUGAAAUGGAUGCCACGUCCAGUCGUGUCUGGAUCCUCACUAGUACGCUGUCAACAAGUAAAGUUGUAAUUAUUGAUGCCAAUCAGCCUGGCACAGUGGUGGACCAGUUCACUGUCUGCAAUGCUCAUGUGCUCUGCAUUUCCAGCAUCCCCGCGGCCAGUGAGAGUGAUUAUCCUCCAGGAGAGAUCUUUCUGGAGGGAGAUGUAAAUCCUGAAGAGUCGUCUGGAACAGAUGGUGUCUUGGCAGGAAUCACUCUGGUGGGCUGUGCGACCCGCUGCAAUGUGCCACGAAGCAACUGUUCCUCACGUGGUGACACACCUGUGCUGGACAAGGGACAGAGUGAGGUGGCUGCUGUCUGCAAUGGGAAGAUCAACCAGUCCCAGUCUACUGAGGAGGCAACAGAAGCUACAGAGGUACCAGAGAACGGUACAAGCGAGGCAGAGCCUGCUCAAGCCCGGCCUGGCCCCCUCACAGAGCACGUGUUUACAGAUCCAGUCCCGGCACAGGCAUCUCUUAGGCAGAAUGGUGAGAAUGGGCAGCUGAAGACGGAGUCAAGCACAACACUGCCAGAUCAGGAGUUGAAUGGGGAUGCUGCUGGGACUUGCACCAGUGCUGCCCCCACCAUGUGGCUGGGAGCACAGAACGGCUGGCUUUAUGUGCACUCGGCUGUAUCCAACUGGAAGAAGUGUCUGCACUCAAUAAAGCUGAAGGACUCUGUACUUAGUCUAGUGCAUGUGAAAGGGAGAGUCCUUGUAGCUCUGGCAGAUGGAACACUAGCCAUAUUCCACCGGGGAGAAGAUGGUCAGUGGGAUCUCAGUAAUUACCACCUUAUGGACCUCGGUCACACUCACCAUUCCAUCCGCUGCAUGGCGGUUGUGUAUGACAGAGUCUGGUGUGGCUACAAGAACAAAAUUCAUGUUAUCCAACCUAAGACAAUGCAGAUUGAGAAAUCCUUUGACGCCCACCCUCGGCGGGAGAGCCAGGUGCGACAGCUGGCAUGGAUUGGCGAUGGAGUAUGGGUUUCUAUCCGCCUGGACUCCACUCUGAGGCUUUACCAUGCCCACAGCCAUCAACAUCUGCAAGAUGUCGACAUUGAGCCUUACGUCAGCAAGAUGCUAGGCACUGGAAAGUUGGGCUUCUCAUUCGUGCGGAUUACAGCCCUGCUCAUUGCUGGCAACCGCCUCUGGGUAGGCACAGGGAACGGUGUCGUCAUCUCCAUUCCAUUGACUGAGACUGUAGUCCUUCACCGAGGCCAACUCCUUGGGCUCCGGGCCAACAAGACCUCACCAACCUCUGGAGAGGGCAGUCGCUCUGGCGGGGUCAUCCACGUGUACGGUGAUGACAACAGUGACAAAUCUGCCAGCAGUUUCAUUCCCUACUGCUCCAUGGCUCAGGCACAGCUCUGUUUCCACGGCCACCGUGAUGCUGUCAAGUUCUUCGUCUCUGUGCCCGGCAAUGUCCUAGCAACCCUGAAUGGGAGUGUGUUGGACAGCCCUUCAGAGAAUCCCAGCACAGCGGCCACAGAGACUGAGGGGCAGAAGCUGAAGAACGUCCUGGUGCUGAGUGGAGGAGAAGGAUACAUCGAUUUCCGGAUCGGGGAUGGAGAGGAUGAUGAGACAGAGGAGAAUGCAGGAGAUGCCACCCAAGUGAAGCCAGUACUUUCCAAGGCUGAAAGGAGCCACAUUAUUGUGUGGCAGGUAUCAUAUAUCCCUGAGUGAGAAUUUCUCCUUUCCCACCAAUGUAAGUGUCCCUCCUCCCGCCUGAAUGCCAAGAUGUACAUACAGAACACCUGCAUUUUACCUACUGCUGGAAACCAACCCCAGACAACUGCAACAGCUCCUGCCUCGGACUGUGACCCCCCUUCUAACCUCUGAACUUGCAGCUUUCAUCUUGGGCCCAUGCGCUUUCUGCGUGGUUGGAUUAUUGUUCUGCUCUGGAGCUGGCAUCUACAAGGAGAGAAAUGGCAGUGCAUCGAUGAAGUGAAGCUUGGAGCUAGAACUGUGCAAAGCCUUUGCCCAGCGCUCGGGAGCUGGCAGCUAGGUGGGUGGUGGCUCGGGUUCUCCAGCAGGUUGCCUCACUCCCACCUGCAUGAGAAGUAUUUCCCCCUGGCGUCCCCCGCCAAAGAAGUGCCGGUGAAUCACAACUUCUGCACCACCCUAGAAGAAAUCCUUUCUAGUUCACCAGUGGAGUCUCCACUUUACCCACUCUUAAGCACAGAAUAAUGUCCUACGGACUGAGAGCAGCCAGGUCCUAGGAACCCUCAACAGAAAAGAGUGUCAGGGUUUGGGCAGCACUUCUGCUCUUUGGCUGGAGAAGGCAGCAGUGCCAUUACUGUGCAGAACACAUCCUCCAUAUCUGCAGAUGGAAAGUCUCCCUCCUCUGCUGCUGCUGUUGUCUCAGCAGUUGUGUGCUGGGUGACUCUGUGCGUCCAGAGAUGAUCGUUUGGUAGCCACAGGUGGGAGAUGGGUGUUCGACUGUGGAGGCCACAGGGCCUUUGCAAACUGUGGUAGCAAAGGGGUACUGGAACCUUCCUUUUUUAACAGCAGAAAAGGCAGCAGUACUUUUAACUCCCCCUUCCAAAACUGCCAGGCAGAAGAGAACUCUUGAGUUCAUUCUGAAAGGUUCAAGAGAAAGCUAUCUUUGCAUAGCAUUUGUUGGCUUUUAAAACACAGGCGAGGGCAGAUGAUGUUGGUCCGCUGUGAAUUCUUUAUUAACACACUGACCUUGACUCAAGGCUGUCCCCCCAGUCCCAGGAACUGCUGGAAGGAGAUGGCUGUUUUCCUUCACACUGUGACUCGGUUAGGAAAGACUGUGUAGAUGCAGUCAAGGUAUAGAAAGGCUGUGUCUCGCCUGAGGUCACACCGAAAAAGGAAUUGAGGCCAGAUCUCCCAACCUCUUUUACCUACCAUUGUGAGUACUGAGUUUGUUACUAAGUAGUUUGAAAAGCUGGAAAUAUCUGACUCCUGAAAAGAAUUGACAGCCCCAAGAAAAAUUCUGAUGGCCCUCCUUGUGUAAGCAAUGCUGGGGGAUUGCAAAAGUGCAUCCUGCUUACAAGAGAAGCAGCAAAAAAUGGGGCCAGGGAGAGCGGUUUUGAGCUCCAGAUGCAGAACAUGGCAGCUCCAGAUGUAGAGGCAGUGGUUUGUCCUCCCUUUCUGAUAAUGGAAACAGACCUCUUUCCACAGGGACAAGUUCUGUUUCCUUUGAACACUCCCUCCCGGAUGUGCAGGACUAGAGCGCGUAGCAGUCAUUGGUGAUGAAUUUGGAAGCUCGUGGUUGUCUUGUUUCUUCCCUGAGCUGUGCAGCACUCCGGGGUUCACAGGGAUGUCCUUGUGCCAGUGCAGCGAUACGGGGACAGCUGGGGGAAGCUUCCAUCUCCUGGAAAGCUCCCAGCUGUGUCCUGUGCUUGUUGCUAUGGCCCAGGCUGCCCUCAGGGCUCAUGGUCUGAAGCUACUCACGUGCCACAGGGAUGCAGUAUUCCCAGGGGAAGCUCUAACAUGUGGCAUCUGUCCUGAUGCAGCAGCACUGAAAUGCUUCUUGGAUCCACAGUUCAGAAAAAGCUGGGGCAUACAUUUCCCCUGCAAAGAGGCAAGAGGACAUCUCUGGAGAAAAGAGGCCUCAGCCAACAAAGUACAGCGGCGCAGUGGUGCCCAUGCUGCCUGCGAUCGGUGCUGGUGACACGCGCACCCGCACCACCCUUCUCCGAGGUAGGAAACCAGCUGGAUGGUGUCCUUCAGCCGUUCGCACACUGGGCUGGCAUUUGGCUAAGGGGUGCUUGGAGCAGCCCACCUGCAUGGGGGGGGACGUUUCACCAGGGCCAUUUCACCAGGGCACUGCUGACCGUGCCAGAUUUCUCAUUCACUUUCCCAAAAUGCUUUCUGCUAGGAAGAGCUCUUUGGAUCACAACACAGAGUGCAUUACAGUUAACAAGAUCAACAUUUAGACCACAGAUUCCACAGACAUGUAACAGUUCAUCAUUUAGGGCUGGGUAAACUUCAUAAUUUGGGCUAAUUGAAGGUAAAAAAAAAAAAGCGCCCUAGUAGGCCCAGUUCCUUAGCUCUAUCAACUCUUCCAUAGGAAAAUAGAGAAUUGCAACGUUCUUACCUCUUACUGUUUGUUCUGUAUCUGGUUUUAGCAGUCGAAGUGGCAGUACUCAGUCUCCUGUCACCCACUGGGCCCUGGCAACAUAAGGAAACCUGUCCUGGGCCUCUACCAACAGGUUCCUUUCCAGCUUGGUGCAUGUUUUCCUCCAAGAGAAGCACAUGUCCAAGAGGGGCAGCUACAGCUAAGGAGACCCAGCCCCUGCUGUCAGCUCCUGUGGGCGUUUGGUGGCUGCUGGGCAGCAAGGUGAGAACUGACUGGCUUCAACACACUUCCCUGUCAUAUCUCCACUGUGAUGUAUGUAAAGUAUCUUGUAUGUUACAAAAGGAUUUUAAAAAGUGUCUUAAGGCCUGUAAACUCCGCUAUUUGGUCUGAAGAUGGCAUUCUGUAAAGAGACUGCUGUAUGAAUACGUUCCCAUGCUUUGUCCCCUAUGCUAUCAAACAACAAACCAUAUCUGUUCUGUAUGUAAUAAAUGUGUUAACAUCA